GGGACAUCCCAUCCCUUUCAUUCCAAUUUUCAGCCAGCUGUGUUAUGUGUGCACAGCACAAUACUGCACAAAGAGUCAAGAAAGCACAUUUUCUAUUCUGGCGUGCCGGCAUUGAAUUGAAUGCCGGGCAUUCACUAUUGAGUUCAGUGUAGCGAUUGUUGUAGUGGAAUAUUUGUUAUUUUCAUGAUUCAUGAGUUUAUUUUUCCUUUUUCUUAACCGUUUUCUUAUCGCCUUAUUUCUGCUGAUGCUGAUGUAAUGCAGCCAAUUUGUCGACUUGUGCAUAAAAACAAAUGAAAACAAUAGUCUGAGACACAGAUAAGUUGAAUGGCGCCAAUAAACAUUGUUACAUGUUUGGAAGUUUUCGGUUUUCUUCUUUGUAUUUUUUUUAUUUGACUUGCCACUUGCUAUACUCACUGCAAAAUGGGUGUGGACAAAAAGAAAAACUACAAGAACAAGGCUGAACCAACUGCUAUCCCCAAAAAUGCCAUUAAACAACAAAACAUUUCCAUUGGAGACCCUGUAAUAAUACCUGAACGGAUUUUUCGAAAGCUACUAAAUUACUUUGAUGGUGCAGAACCUGCACAUAGAAAUGUGGCUCUCACGGUUAAGGAGUACCCUGUGGAAAACAUUAAUGAUAGGAUUAGAAAAACUCGAUCUGACCCUACGCAUUUGGUAGUAUUUUGUUUAAGAAUUAUGGCAUCAGAUUUUUACAAUACUUUGGGAGUAGUACACAUGAACAAUCGUUUCGAGCACGCUAGCCAAUUAGCACUCUUAUGGGUAGCUUUUAUACAAGAUCUAAGUAAACUAGGUUUGAACGUUGUUGCUUCAGUAUCGCCUUGCACUCAAAUGUACCGAGACAUUUUAUGUCAACUCACAAGAGAUGAAAAUUUUGAAAAUUGUUGCCAACCAAUAACUUACAUGGUUUAUCCGUAUCUCAUAUUGCAUCUGUACGAUUAUAACAGUAUCAUGGAAGAAUUCCAGGAAACAUUUCACUUUCGAAAGGAUGUGUGUUUCAUUAGUCGUCAUUGGGCAGGUAAUGAUUCUGCUGAAAAAGUAUACGCAGCUAGUUGGAGGAAUAUGUAUGGAGUACUUGCCCCUAGCCUUGGUAAACCUUCUUACCACUAUGCAGAAAGAGCCAAAGGAGUAGAGAAGUUGAUUUUUUUGCCACCUUUCCGUAGGAACUAUAAGAAAGCUUCAGAAGCGAAUCCGAGUCGCAGCUUCACAAAAUUAUCAACAGAUUUUCUCUUGGAUUUACUUUGGGAGUUCUCCAGAAUUUGUGAAGAAGAGAGCAUGAAACUAGACGAACUUGAAAAAUUUUGUGUAGAAAACCAAGAGCUAAAAUGUAUGUUAGCUUCGGCACAUUUCAAAUGUAGCCGCUUCAACGAGGUCCAAAGGGAAAACGUUUGGUUCAGUACAUUCGAAAGCAAGGCUUUUUUCAAAAAAGGCUCGUAUCGUAUUGAAUUUAAUGGACCUGUUGGGGAUAAAGGAAAUGAAGCUUUUCAGAAAUAUGUUGACCGACUCGCGUAUAAUGAAGACCCUUUUUUUGAUGUAGAAAUCAUAACAUCAAUGAAUAAAGAAUCAACAAUUAUUACCAAAUUAUUGAAUUCAUUUGCAGAAAACAACACAAAUAAAAAGGGUGACAAGGCUAUUAAGGAAUCCUCAAAUCUAAUAUAUAAGAUUGACAGCACCAAUCCUGGUAUAGCUCUAAGCAGCAAUGAAGCAGUACCAAAGAAAUUGUCGAAAAAACGUUUUGUUGCAUCAAAAAAAAAAGAAAAUCCAAAUAAAAAUGUUACAGGAACUUCCUAUGAAACCUUUGAGGAGUCUGAUAUCAAAGUUAAAGUUCAUUAUUUGGAUCACAUCUUAAAACCCGCAAAGGGGCAUAUUAAAAAUUAUUUGGAUACAUUUGGACACUGCACAGAGAGCUACGAUAACUUGUACUCCUAUGAACAAGCAAAUACCCAAUCAGAAAAUAUGUCCAAAGAAUCCCAAAUUGACGAAAUCUCAAAGGAAACUGAAGGUGACACUGACACUGACCUAAAAAGAAAAUUAAAUGCUCCGUAUAAGAAACAUGGAAAAUUUUCCAAGGAUCCAACCGUUCAUAUAAAUGAUUCAGAAAUACUAUGCAAAACAAUAUCUAACAAACCAGUCAAGAAUCCGAACCAUCAAGUCCCUGUAGAAUCUUCGGGAAUUGAGGGUUCCAGUAAAGCAGCAUCAGAAAUAAACAUGGAUGAAAAUGCUACAAAACUAGGGCUUGGGGAAUCAAAAAAUGAGAAAAAAAGGGUUUCCAAGGAAAGAUAUUCUGAUAAAGAUAUUCCAGAAACUCCAAUCUCAGCUAUUUAUAAAUACGCCCUACGAAAAAGGCUAACAGUUGGGAAGACGUCAAAUAAUUGUCAAAAAACAGUAUCUGAGGCAUGGGCCAAGCAACAAAGCAAUGAACUCUAUGUAGAUUCUUCUAGAGAUGGUUUUAAAAAGUCUGAGGAUAAUAAUGUGGAUUCCAAUGAUACAGCCUCUGACUGUCUUUCUACUUCAGAAGUAAUAGUGGAUAAAAAUAAAAAUGCCAUAAAAGAGGCUACAAAAAUAAGAUCCAGAGAAUCCAAAAGCCAGAGAGGAUUUGAAGAACUAGCUAAAAAACAAAACCACAACGUUCCUGUAGAAUCUGCUAGGAAUGUUUCCAAAAUAUCGAAGGAUAAUAAUAUGAAUUUCAAACAAGGAGUUUCCUAUGAAGCAACUUUGGAAGUAACUGUGGAUAAAAAUGCCAUAAAAAAUGCUGCAGAAAUACCAAUCAGUGGCCGGAAAAUAGCAUCUGAAAAGCCAGUCAAGAACCAAAAUCAGGAACUCCCUGUAGAAGUUUCUGGUUCCAAAGUGUCAAAGGAUAGUAAUGUGGAUUUCUAUAAAACGCUCUCGGACUCUCUUGAAGGAAAGGAAGAUUAUAAAAUUCCUGGAUUUUUGAUUAAACCCAUGUCAAAAUUAAAAGUGAAGACGAAUGCCACGAAGUCAGAGAAAUCUGAAAAAGUAACUGAAAACAUAGGGCCUUCCAAAAUUAGUUCUGAAAUGCCCGAAAAAUCAAUGUCUCUUAAAAAUGAAAUCAAGCAAAUGGAUUCGAUUUUGCAAUCAUUGAAAAUUGACGAAGGACCGCCCAAAAAUGAAUUAUUCAGAUCGACCUUAGACGAUCAAAGGGAAAAUGAAGGCCAAUUUUUCGCAAACAGUGGCUAUUCCAAAACUACAUCUAUAGAUAAUGCAUUUAUGUCUUUGAAUCAACAAUUGUCAUCUUCAGACCAGGCGGUUGAACUAAUAAAAAGUAAACAAAAAGCUCUUCAGAAUAUUGGUUUAGACAGCUGUCUACCAACUGAUAAACUUUCAAAGCCAGCACAGAAAAAUGAAAAUGAUAAUAAAGAAUACUUGAAGCCAUCAUUUUCAGGUGGAAGAAAAAAAGUUUGGGUUGGAGAUGGUUCAUGUCAGGAGGAAAUUAGUCCAGUAAGUUUUAAUGCAAUGGAAACGAUUAAAAUAGAACCAAAGCCCGACUUUACCAAAGAACAAAAACUGCUAACAACAGAUCAACCUACAACUGUAGAAAGAAAAAAAGCCAAACAAAGUGAUAUUUGUGACAACAAAAGACAGACAGAAAAAGAAGAUUUAAUAUAUGAUUUAUAUACCAAAGAUUCUAUGGACAAUUUCUUCAAAUGUUUCAAACCCAAAAGAAACAGACAGUAUAACAAAGUUUCACUUUCUUUUUUGCAAGAUGUGCAUUUAUCGUCUCCUUUUAUUCUAGAAUCAGCUUCAGAAGAUGCAUAUUUGGAUCCAGUAGAAGAAGAGAACAUUUAUAGUGGAACAGUACUAGAAACGAAUAAUGAAGAAUCUCCCCAGCAACAUGCUGAAAAUGAUGAAGUUAAGGUAAUCGAUGUAGAAGAAUACCGCCAACUAUUGCUAUCAGACUGUGAUAAACAGAAACGUACAUGUGAUAUUAAUAAUGUUAAGGAUAAAGAAACGGUUAUUAAUUUUUUUAAUAUAAUACCUGAGGGUGCUGAAGUAUUACAAAUAACCACCGAUUGGCUGUGUACACUAAAAGGCUACUCGAAACUCAUAGAGAUACUUAAAGAAUGUAACGUACCUUUAAUUCGUACUACUGCUUUGUGUCUCGAUCAUAUGGAUUUGUUUGUGGAUUUAAUCAGGGAACAUAACUCCGAGAGGUUACUUGGCCAAAGGCACAAAUUUACUUUUAAAGAAUUGCAAUUUAUUCAGAUUGAUAGAGACAGUACGUUUGAGGUAAUAGAAAGGGAAGGUCGCGGUAGCGGUCGAUUCGAAAUAAAACAAGAUUAUACUCGAGAUUACACUCAAUAUUACCCAUACUAGUUAAAUAUAAUCUCAAGAAGGGAGGUUUGUUACGGCUAAGAUAAAAAUCGUCUGCAAAGGAAUACAGAAAAAAAUUUAACUAGGUAUUUUAUUAUUUUUAGUGGCAUGCAGACGUAUUAAUACGUAAUACGUCUGCAUGCCACUAAAAUUAACACUAUAAAUUAUAUUUGAUUAUUAUAAAGGUCAUGCCAUAUAAUAAUCAUAUUAUAACCUAAUGCUAGCGGACUAUAUGUAAGUAAUAGCUUUCUGUUGAAGAUAUGAUUGGUAUUUUUAUGGAAUUUGCUUGUUCAGGUAUUGCGGUUUCAUGCGGAGAAAAUAUCUGACAGACUAGUUUUUUUUUUUUUUGAAAGUUUCAUUUUAUUAUCUAUCAAUAAUAUGUGUUUUUUGUAAUAAGCUGUCUGUCCCAGUGGCGCAGCCAGGUGGGGGGCCCAGGCCCCCUUCCCCCAAGGCUUCACAGAAAAAUAAUGAAGUAGACAAAAGCUCAUAUCAUAAAAAGUUUACAGGAUAGUGGAUCUCCCAGACAAAAUGUCUGGCUGCGCGACUGGCCUGUCCCGUUCCUUCAAAUAAUCAAUAAGGAUUGGCAAGAUCAUCCAGGAUUUAUUAUUGUCACAGUAAUUCACAUGUAAUGUUUUACUAAUAGAACCAUUAGGAUUUCAACUUUGUCCCAAAGAUGAAGCAGUGUAAUUUUUUAAGUUCUGUAUUUUGAAUAAAUGUACAAAAAACAGAAACUCAAUAAUAAAAAAUAACUUAUGUUCUUAAGCCCCAUAGAAGAAUUAGCACAAAUCAUCAUUUAUUUUAUUUGUGAACAUUUCUCGAUUAUAUAUUUCACUUUUUCCUUGCUGGAAUUUAUCUAUAGAAAACUAUUACCUAAGCCUUUUUUGAUUUGAUUUUGCUAAAACCAUUUAAACAAUCAUUCUUCCUGAGUAAAGUCUUUUUGUAAUUUCUAAUUUUCUCUAGAUUCUUGUUAAUCCUUGUAGAUUUUUCAACUAAAUUCCGCACAAAAUUACCCGCUUCAGAUGCUCGUUUCCACUUUUUUUUGUCACAGGUCAGAGCCAUGAGAAACUGCAAGGAUGACAUCUGUUCGAUUGGGUCAUAAUAUUUUAUAUAGGGAACGCCUUGAAUUGACAAGGUUACGGAUUUUUGCUCCUUAUAAUUGAGUUUAUUUUAACUCUUUCAUUUGGGAAUUACAUUAUCAGACAUUUUUCAUUGAAAGCGAGAACAUCUUCGCUCCCGUCGAUAUCUCUUUCCACUGUUGUUAUAUCGAAUAGGAAUACAUAUGUUGUACAAAGCUGUGUUAUAUAAAAUCUUCAACAACUUGUACAACAUCAUGCUUCCUUCUUCUUCUUCUUCUUCUUUCUGUUUACCAAUGGCCCCUUGUUGUCAAACGACAGUCAGCCAGAAUCCUAUCACUUGUGUACUCUAGUGCAUCGGGGUGGGGUUCCCCACUUGCCCUAUUGGCAAGUGGGGAACCCCACCUAACUAUUUUUAGGUUAAAAUUGGGGAUGAGUAGGUCAUUUUUUGCUGUGGCGUCUACAGCUGGGAAUUUGAAAACGCCAAAAAAAUAUGAGUAUAUCGGAUAUGUGCCUGAUAAAAUGACCAUAUAACAACCAUUCACAUUUCAUAAGCAUUGGCACCUAAUAGCAUUUUAAAUCAUGCAGCACACCAAAUAGCACCACUCUACAAUACAACUGUAACCAUGAACUACUGCUUAUUUUCAGAUUCUUACAUCAAACUUCUUGAUAGAAUUCAUAACCAUCUCUGCUUCCCUGGUUGGAUUCGCAAGAAUUUCUUCCAUCUGUAUCAGUCCUCCUACCAUCUUGUUCAGUCUUGAAUACAACCAAUCUGUAGGACCUCUGUUCAGCUCACAGUUUGAUAUCGGCCACUUCACCACAUUCACAAUACUUGCUGUCCUGCAUGCUAAGUUUGUAUUUGUGUUUAGGUAUGAGGCAAUGUGUAGUUCUGAUUCUGCAAAAGGAGCUAGUUUUUUGUCUGUCAGCCCUUUUAAUUUUUGCAAACCACGGUGUUCUUUGGGAUUUCUUCGUUAAUUUGUAGUAUUGGCUUGAAUGAUUUCUACCUUUAUUGGUAAAUUCCACAGCCCAUUGCCUCCAUGUCACUUCCCUAGCUACUCUGCAUAAAGCAUCAUAGUGUAUUGUUCUGUUGGUAGCAUUAUUUGCCUCUCGGCCUCUUCCUGCAAGUCUAUCUGCCUUUUCAUUUCCUGUUAUGCCUGUAUGACUAGGCAGCCACAGUAUUUUGAUUUCCUUUCCUCCAUCCUGCAUAUCUAAUAUUUUCUUCCUCGUUCUAAACGUGAUUCUUUCGGUCCCUAUAUUGAUGCCAUCUCUGAUAAUUUUCAAAAUAGCACUUUUAGAAUCCGAUAUUGACAGCUUUUCCUAUGUCAAUCUCUAACGUAUUGAGGGCAAUAUAGCUAGCACCUCCGCUGAAUAAAUGUUGGUUAGAUCCUGGCAUUUCCCUACUAUUGAGAUUUUCAUUGUGUUGUUGUAUAUUCCAGGUCCGCAAUGUGUUGAUAUUGGCUCCAAAGAUGCAUCUGUAUAUAUUUUUUCAUGGUCCGAGUAUUCUUCCAACAACUCCUGUAAUAAGAGUUGGCCAUCUGGAAUGAACUUUUGUAUAUUCGAAUCCGCCCAGUCUAUUUUCCGCAGUUGAGUAGCCAUAUCCUCUUCGAAACAUGGCAGAUUGUCCAUUCUUUCCAAUAUUCCCAUGUGGGCAACCCCCUCCAUAGCCGCCGGAGCGCACUUGGUCCGCCAAUAAGGAGGAUCCUGAUUGUAACAUGCAUAGAAGUUGAGUAUCACUGUAUCACCCUAUUGACCUCGUCUCCUCUAAUGGCUACUUUUCUGAGCAAUCAACUUUGUACUACUACUAAGUAGGUUUUUUCGCUGUAUCAAUGGCAUUUCUGCCGCUUCAGAUAACAACGCCAUUAUGGGAGUGCUCUUUAUGCAGCCAGUCACCACUCUUAAGGCCUGGUACUAAAUGCGUUCCAUUUUGCUAGAAUUCAUCUUGCUCAUAUGGUACAUCGCUUGAUAGCCAUAAUCAAAAUGGGUUCUAACCAGCCCUUUAUAAAUGUUCAACAAUAUAUUUGGGUCAGCGCCCCACCAGGUUCUUGUAAUUGCUCUCAUUAUGUUUAUUCCUUUCUGCGCCUUGUUAAUCACAUAUUCAAUGUGUUCGUUCCACUUCAACUUCCUGUCCAAUAUGACACCCAAGUACUUAUAAUUUUCAACCCACUCAAUUUCUCUAUUUAACACCCUUAUAUUUAUUAUUGGAUUAUUUCUGCUACCCUUGGAAAACAACAUAGCUUCAAUUUUUUCUGUUGAAAUGUACAUAUUAUGACCCCUUAGCCAUCCUGUCAAUCUGUUCAAAGCAACCUACAUUUUUCUUAUACCUUCUUCCGCCUUUUUAUCAGCUGCAAACAAUACAAUUUCAUCGGAAUAGUGCAAUGCACAAGCCUCGCCAGCCACGCUUUCCUUAAUUUUAUUGGUGUACAUAUUGAAUAACAGAGGACUCGGAGGCGAUCCCUGCGGCAACCCCAUCCCAUGUGUGCUUUUUCUUAGGUUUCCAUAGAACGGUUCUCAUAUGGUUAUAUUUCUAUCUGAAUACAAGUUAUAUAUAUACUCAAUAAUACAUUCAUUAACCCCGGCUUCUUUCAACGUCUCUAUAAUAAUUUCCAAUAAUACAUUAUCAUAAGCAGCCCGAAUGUCUAUGAAGGCAUAAACUAUCACUUCAUUAUUGGUAAAUGCUGUGUAAAUUGAAUUAGCCAAAAUGUCCAGGUUGUCUAUGGUCGAUGUAAAAGCUAUUGGUCUGUAUGCUUAAAAGUAGGGGUCUUUCUUGGGUUUUUUAAGCGGGAUGACAAUUUGGUUUCUCCACGCCUGCGGAAUACCUGUCUCCUGUCUAAGGAUUCCAUUGAAAAGUUGCAACAAGGUAGUUUUCAUAAAAGUCGGUAGUCUUGACACCAUAGGAUAAGUAACAUCGUCUUCUCCUGACGCUGUAUCCUUUUUUCCUUGAAGGACAAUAUCAAGCUCCUCUAUAGCUAAUUCAAUGCAUCUUUAAUCCGAUUAUUCACCAAUACCUCUGGAUUGCCGCUGACAAAGGGAGGGGCUAGCGUAUUCAGUAGGUCUGUCACCCAAUCUGUGUAUUUGACUUCAUUCACUAUAUUGUUUGAAAAUUUCUUCUACCCUCUGGUUCUGUAAACUUUCUAAAGCCAUCUUUUUUUUUUGCUCUAGGGUUCGUCUUAUUCUGGCAGCAAUUUUCUUGUAUUUGAGAAAAUUUUCUAAGGCCAUGCAUCUCAAAUACACACUAAUCGCCUCUUGCCUUUCAAUUCUUAUUCUGUUACAAUCUUCAUCCCACCAAAUUGGCUUCGGGGGUAUAUUUGUUUUUUCUUGAACCUGAGACUCUUGGGAUAGCUUCUUCCGCUGCCUGAUGGAUUUUAUCGGUAAAUGCCUGAUAGGUAUCAAUAUCCUCCCUAUCAUUCUCAAAGAAUCUGUCAUUUUUAUCCCAGUCUGCUUUUUCCGUUUUCCAUUUCCUGAAUGGCUUCCUUUCCUUUUUUUGACCUAUCAGUUGUUUUCUAAUGCAGCAUACAGUCGGGAGAUGGUCACUGAAACAACUCUGGUCGGAAACAUACCAGUUACAGCCUGUUCCCAGGUCCUGCGAUACGAUUGUUAUGUCCAGACAACUUUUAUUUUGGUUCGGUGGGGCUAUUCUCGUGCUAUUACCCUCAUUUAUAAUUAUUAAAUUGUUGUCACUAAUAUAUUCCACAGGCUAUAUUGAGCAUUAAGAUCCCCCAUGAUAAUGAAUGGAGCUUGUAUUCCUCCAAAGGCAUUGUGGAUGUUGUUUGGGGAAAGUAUAACAUCUGGCGGCGAGUAGGCCGUGACAAUAGUAACUUCUUUAAUUUUGAUCCCCACGGGCCACGACUAGGCAUCUUUGGAUGAAGUUAUAUUAUUCAUGUUACAUUUAGUGUGGGGUAUGCCUUCUUUGAUCAAGAUAGCAAUACCUCCUUUUCCAUCAUCUGUAUCCAAUCUGUGUGUUACAUAGUAUUUGACCUUCAAAACAUUGUCUGCCUUGAGCCAUGUCUUAUUAAUCAAUAAAACAUCCGGGUUUUCGUUAUUCAUUAAGAUAGUCAAAUCGCUGAAGUUUCUUAAAACACCCCUAAUGUUCCAUUGGAUUAUUUUCAUGUUGGGUUUGUUCAUAAUAAAAUUCAUCUACAUUAGCUUGUGCAUCUUCCAAAAGGUUUUGAGUGUCUAAAUCGUGAUCAGAUCCCCCAGAUUCUUGGGUUACAUUCUGGAUUUCUUCCAUAAUUACAUCUUUCACCUCCUGGGUCAAAGUUGUCUUGCCAAGAAGUUGUUUUACAACCUCUAAUAUUGGUGUCGGCUGGAGCGAGUAGGUACUACCAACUGGCGAGCCUUUCCUUGUACUCCUUUGAGUAGGCGUUCUAGCAGAAGCAGGAAUCAGACAUUUUUUGUGCAUUUCUCUUUCGUACCCUGACAAACAGGGAUUUUUUUGUUUUCAGGUUACAUGCAGCUGAAGCAUAUGAUUUUUUGAGGUUUUCUUGGAGUCGUAGAGGUUGAUAUGUAUGAAUGUCUCUGAUUCACUUCAAUUGGUUUCCUUGCUUCAAAAUAGGAGAUGUUUGCUGUUAUCAUUAUAGUUUUGAUUGCUUUUUGUCUCAGGUACUCCUUGCAUUGUGUAUCAGUGGUUUUAUGUUCCAUGUUGCAGUAUAAGCAAUUAGGUGUGCUUUGUUCACAAUCCGUUUCUUCGGCACAUAUCGGUCAUCAUUGUUUGCCUCGGCACUGUUUGGCUGUAUGGCCAUAUCUUAAACAUUUGAAACACAUCAAUACUGGACUUAUAUAGACUGAGAUCAUUACAUCACAGAAAUCUAGAUUUACUGACCUUGGAAUCACUUUGCUUUGGAAUGUAAACACCACUGAUUGAGUGUUUACAUAGAUAAUAUCACCAUUAUCAGUUAUUCUCUUCUCUAGCCUCCUGGCCUCAACAGCAUUUGCAAGCUGGAAUAUAUGCAUUGAGAUUUUCCUCUAAUAACAUUUUAUUAGUUAAACAUUCGUUUGAACUAAGAUAGUCAGUAAAUUCUAUUCCAACUCUGUUUUUACCUUUUUUGGAAGUUUACUCCACUCUUAUUUUUCUAUUUCUUAAAACUCUACCAAUACUCAUGGGAUGCAUAUUACCAAUAUUAUCCUCAUUUUUGCUUUCAACAAUAACCAUGUAAGGUUUAGAAUCUCUGAUAGUGUAUGAAAAAUUACUUGUCUUUUUUUUUGUCCAUAUUUCCACUAGGUGGGGGCCCCCAAAGGCCCCCUGAUUCUACAAUCAUGUGGUUGUGAUACUAUUUUAGGUUAGAAAAAGGCCAGGCAAGAAAAAGCUAUACCUACUAAGGCAAGCAGGGGUUUGAAUUUUAUUCUGAGGACUUACCCCCAGAUGCACUCAAUUAUUUUCUCUUCCACAAUUAAGUAUUUUCACUACCUAAGCACUUUUAUUUCGCAAAAAUAAAUCGAAAAUUAGAAUACCGAGUUGUCACUCUCUGGCGCCAGUCGUCGAUCCCCACAUCAUGCUAUAUAGUCUUUCUAUUUCUUCUAAAUUCAUUAUUAAUUUGAAAACAAGUUGAAAGCAUUAUCCAAUUCAAUAACGUAUAAGUGUCUCAUAGACAUUACUUGAUUUAAUUUUUUUUCUGGAUUCCUUUGCUCAUUUUAUCUUACUUUGGUCAGUGUGUGGUUCUUAACUUUGGCAAACUAAUUAAAGUUCAAAGUACAAACGCAGUACAAUACUAAUUCAAAUACACUAAUACCCAUGAUUGAAGCUAAGCAUUUAAUAAAGAAAAACGCAGACUGAAAAAUGGGUAGCUACUUACUCUCAACAUUCAACAUGGUAAUUUUUUAAAGUUACUUAGAAUUCAAUUCUUUUAUGUUUUUAUUUCUUUCUAGUUUUAUUUUAGCCCUUUUCACUUUUGCAUAAUGUAACAAAAAAUUACUUUUUUGCAAGUAUCUCUAUUUUGACUCUAUUUAGCUAAAAAAAUAUGUAAGUAAUAAGUCCACUAGAAGAGAGUUAUUAUAUACAUAAUUAUUACAUUUAAUCUUUUCUCUGGGUGCAUGAAACACUUCACUUACGCAAUUGGUUGAUUUUUGUAACGUGAAAUUAUGCAAUGUUUGAUUUGUUUUGCCCUAAACAUUUAACAAUAUGCACAAAAUUUGAUAUAUUGUGCUUCAUAUUAUCAUAUGUAUCGUGAUCGUUCUUAUAAUUUUCACAACGUUUCACAUGCGAUUAAGCAGUGAGCAGUUUAGAGUCUCAAAGGUACUCUCAAAUCUUUCAGCGAAAAGAAACUAUUAUUUGCAGUACUUUCAGCAAUUUAAGAUAAUUUUGUCAUUAUUGUCUCCAGCUUGAUCCUUAUUCUGCUCUUCCAACAGUUCUACUUUUAACAAUAUUGUGAUGUUCUAGGUUGAAAGCUCAGACGUGGAAAGCCUUUUUUCCCAUGUAGUGUAUAUCAUAUCCCCAGAGUAAAAUUUUAUUGAAAUAGGUAUCCGACUAUGUCUGCUUGUAUCUUCAAAACUUUGAAUCUUAUAGGAAUAAUGUAGGCUUUACAUUUUAAUAAUUACAAUUUUUAAUAUAUUUAUAUUUGCAAUAUUAAUUUUUCCAAUACAUAAUUUGUCAAAAUAUUGAUAUAUAAGUAAUAAUUAUUAGUAUGCCAAAUACAUAACUAUUGUCAUCGAUUGAAAAACCGUAGACUCUCAAAAAUAGCUCCUGUUAAGUUAUGUUAUAAGUCAAUAGGUAACAAUCUCGUGAAGUUUAAAAAUAUCAUGAUUAACUUAAGUACAAAUUUAUUGCCAUAAAAUGGACGUGCUGGUCAACUUCCAGCCACUUUAGACUGUAAGCGACCAUAAACAUAAAACAAUAAUCUAUGGUUACCCAUAGAAGUGUUUAUUGACUGUCGUAAUCAUUUUGUUAAGUAUUAUUCUUGUAUUAAUAAAAUCCAUUGGUUUUAUUUUAUAUUCUGUGCCUGUUGCAUAUUAUUAUCAAGAAGUUGUUUCUUUUUAUUGUUAAACUAGAAAUUUGGUUUUUGGUUUCAACAAAAAUUUGCAAACUAUUUUUAUAUGUAGGCUAAAUCUGUCAAAAACCCAAUUUCUACUAAGAACACAUUAUAAAAUGGGUUGUAUUCAAUUAGAAUUUAUUUUCAUUUUUUUGUCCGCAACAUGAAAGAUAAAGGACCGAAAGAAUGAGACCGACACAGGGCAGUUACGUAAGACUACGUAGUAUUUCUCGAUUGUUUCAGUAAGUUUGCAAAGUUCUUAAAUUCUGUCGCUACAAGUUGUUGUUGCAUUUCCUCCUUCAGGCGACGUCCUUUAUCUUCCGUGUGGCAGACUUCAUCUAUGUUCAUUCACAAAUCAUCACUGUUUUUAUUGGUGUCGGGAUCAUCAUGUUUUUUAUUUUGGUUGAAAAUUGCUGUUGUGAUCACAUUGAUUUGUUGUUUUUUUUUCUUUUAAUUAGGAUAUUUUUAUAAAAAUAUUUCUUGAGUUCCUCAGAUUACCGUGUGGCGUUGCACAUGGCAUCACAAUUACAAACAAAAUAUUUUUGAUUCUUAAACGUUUUGUACUAUUAAAAUAUUUAAUAAACUGUUAUUUUUCGUAA